CCCUCCCUCGCUUUCGCUGCGCAGUACCAGGAGCAGCCAUGGAUCUGCUACCGCCGGCGUCGGAGGCGCCGGCCGGUGGCGGCGCGGUUGGUGGGCGAGGGCUGCGACGCGGGGUCGGGUUCCGGUCGCUGAAGCUGGUGAACGUGUCCAUGGAAGAGGCCCUCCCGGCCGAGCCCGUCGGCGUCGCCUACGGCCGCCUCGCCAACGGACUCACCUACUACGUCCGCUCCAAUCCCAAGCCCCGCAUGCGCGCAGCCCUCUCCCUCGCCGUCAAGGUCGGGUCGGUGGCGGAGGAGGAGGACGAGCGCGGGGUGGCGCAUAUCGUCGAGCACCUUGCCUUCAGCGCCACGUCACGCUACACCAACCAUGACAUCGUUAAAUUCCUGGAGAGCAUUGGCGCAGAGUUUGGCGCCUGCCAGAACGCUCUCACCUCCUCUGACGAAACCAUCUAUGAGCUGCUCGUGCCUGUGGACAAGCCCGGACUGCUCUCCCAGGCAAUCUCCAUCCUCGCCGAGUUCAGCUCCGAGGUUCGGGUUUCAGCGGAGGAUCUGGAGAAAGAAAGGGGUGCUGUGCUGGAGGAGUACAGGGGCGGGCGCAACGCCACUGGGAGGAUGCAGGACUCCCACUGGACAUUGUUGUUUGAGGGUUCUAAGUAUGCAGAACGUUUGCCGAUAGGUACAGAGAAGGUGAUACGGACCGUUACACAUGAGACAGUUAGAAAUUUUUAUCAUAAGUGGUACAAUCUAAGCAAUAUGGCUGUCUUUGCAGUGGGUGACUUCCCAGAUACACAGGCUGUUGUUGAGUUAAUAAAGGAGCAUUUUGGCCAGAAAGCGCCAGCUUCCUUCCCUCCACAGGUUAUACCGGAGUUUCCAGUUCCAUCGCAUAUUGAACCUCGAUUUUCAUGCUUUGUGGAAUCCGAAGCUGCAGGGUCAGCUGUUGUUAUUAGCUGUAAGAUGCCUGCUGGUGAAAUUAAAACAGUCAAGGAUUAUAGGGACUCAUUGGCAGAAUCAAUUUUCCAUUGUGCUCUGAACCAGAGGCUCUUCAAACUAUCUCGUAGGAGGGAUCCUCCAUACUUCUCUUGCUCUUCAGCCGCAGAUGCUCUUGUCCGUCCGGUGAAGGCAUACAUUAUGACAUCCAGUUGUCGCGAAAGAGGCACGGUUGAGGCUCUUGAGUCUAUGCUAGUUGAGGUUGCUAGGGCACGGCUCUAUGGAUUUUCUGAACGUGAGAUAUCGAUUGUGCGUGCUUUAAUGAUGUCAGAGAUCGAGUCUGCAUAUCUGGAGCGUGAUCAAAUGCAAUCAACCAGCUUACGUGAUGAAUUUCUGCAGCAUUUUCUUCGGGAGGAGCCUGUUGUUGGGAUUGAAUAUGAAGCACGGUUGCAGAAGACUCUUCUUCCAUACAUUUCUUCUGCUGAAGUGGUGAAGUUUGCAGAAAACUUUUCAACAACCAGUAGCUGUGUUAUCAAGAUAGUUGAGCCCCGGGCCCAUGCUUCUUUGGAGGAUCUGAAAGCUGUUGUAUUGAAAGUUAACACUCUAGAAGAAAAGAGGACUAUUCCUCCCUGGGAGGAAGAGCAAAUCCCUGAAGAAAUUGUUAGCCAAAGUCCAGUGCCAGGAAUUAUUGUUGAUAAAGUGGAGCACCCAGGCAUAGGUGCCACUGAGAUGAUACUAUCUAAUGGGAUGCGAGUUUGCUACAAGUGUACUGACUUUCUUGAUGAUCAGGUUGUUUUUACUGGGUUUGCCUAUGGUGGUCUGUCUGAAUUAUCUGAAGAUGAAUAUACUUCAUGCACAAUGGGCUCGACAAUAGCAGGAGAAAUUGGUAUUUUUGGCUACAGGCCUUCUGUCUUGAUGGACAUGCUUGCUGGCAAGAGAGCUGAAGUUGGUACAAAAGUUGGGGCGUACAUGAGAUCAUUUUCUGGCGAUUGUUCACCUUCAGAUCUUGAGACUGGUUUGCAGCUUGUCUACCAACUAUUUACAACAAAGGUGGAGCCAAGGGAGGAAGAAGUAAAAAUAGUCAUGCAAAUGGCAGAAGAAGCUAUCUAUGCUCAGGAAAGAGAUCCUUACACUGCAUUUGCAAAUCGUUCGCGGGAAAUAAAUUAUGGGAACUCGUACUUCUUUAAGCCAAUUAGAAUAAGUGAUUUGAAGAAAGUAAAUCCAAUCAGAGCAUGUGAAUAUUUCAACAGUUGCUUCAAGGAUCCAUCAGCUUUUACCGUUGUAGUAGUUGGAAACAUAGACCCGGCCAUCUCAAUCCCACUGAUUUUGGAGUACCUGGGUGGGAUACCGAAGGUACAUGAUACAGUUCAGCCACUUAGUCGUGAGGAUCUAAAGGGAUUGCCUUUCAAGUUUCCGGAAACCAUAAUCAGAGAAGUUGUCCGCAGCCCUAUGGUUGAAGCUCAGUGCUUCGUCCAACUAGGGUUUCCAGUGGUUCUAAAGAGCAAAAUGAUGACGGAGGAUAUUCACUACGUUGGAUUUCUAAGUAAACUUCUCGAAACAAAAAUCAUGCAAGUACUCCGCUUCAAAUAUGGACAGGUUUACUCAGUUAAUGUAGGUGUCUUCUUAGGUGGCAACAAACCUUCGAGAAGUGGAGAUGUUCGUGGAGACAUAAGUGUGAAUUUUUCAUGCGAUCCAGACAUGUCAUCUAAACUCGUUGAUUUUGUUCUGGAAGAGAUAUCAUAUCUACAGACAGAAGGCCCUUCUGAAGAAGAUGUACGGACCAUCCUAGAAAUUGAACAAAGAGCACAUGAAAACGGAUUGCAGGAAAAUUAUUACUGGUUGGACCGAAUUCUGCGGAGCUAUCAAUCAAGGAUUUAUUCAGGGGAUGUUGGAUCCACCUUCAUGGUUCAAGAUGAGGGGCGUGUAAAAGUUAGAGAAGCUUUGACACCACAGGCCAUGCAAAUGGCCUUGCGAAGGGUGAUAUCUUUCCCAUGUAAAAAACAGUACACAGUAGUAAUUCUUAUGCCUAAGUCAUCUCGUUGGAAUUCGUUGAUAUCGGUUGUUAGUUGGAGUUCUGGUGGAUUUAGCAGAGAUGCCAAGAUUUUGGCUGGCAUAGCUGGUGCACUGGUCUUAGCAGCCAGUUUGUGGAGAUACUCACGCGGUGCAUUGAGAUCGUAGUGCACAGCCCAUUUAAGUUAAGAGCCAAGUUGGUACUAGAAGAGUUUGUUACCAUCUCACCAUCAGCCAACAAAUCUGGUUGUUGGUGCGGUGAUUCUUCAUCACGGAAGAAGGUACACAGAAAUCGGUAGCUAACUGAUUCGUUGCUGCGUGCGUGUAAGAUUGUAACAACAUUGGUUACUGCCGCAUGCGUGCGUGUAACAGACACUGAAGUGUUGUUGAUUCAAAUGGUAGAUUGCUUUUACCAGAUUUAGUUUUGUCGAGAUCGAUUGCAUGUGCUUUGUGUACCCAGGAUGACAAAAUAAUAGAUGCACCGUUGCAUAUGUGCUUUGCCA